ACCUCCCUUGCAGGGCGUCCGGUGCUGGCUGUGCUGAGCCCGGUAGCCCUCUAUCACCUCCCACUCUCCGCUGUCCUUCUUUAUGGGGAAGCUGACGCUCAGGACGUGGUUACACGGCUUUAUGAUGCGCAGGAUUCCGCGGACGCGUUUCUUCUUCUGCUCGGGGCUCUCCCGGGUCUUCAGUCCUGCCACCAGCUUGUCCUCCACGAUAGCGGCGCCCCGGUCGAAGAAGCCCUCCACCAUGGUGAAGAAGUUCGGGUCAUCGUGCCGGUCCACCGCCUGGCUGUAGCCGCGGUACCGAAGAGACAGAGACGCGGACACUGCCGCUGGGAGAGCCGCGUCAACGGCAGCGGCACCAACGGCUCCAACGGCAGCAGCGGCGGCGCUGCUGCUUCCCGCUCCCCGGGUAAGAAUCCCUCCGAAGACCCGGUACAUAUUCUAUGUUUUAGAAGACGUUACCCGUCGUGUAAGUUGGAGAGUGUUUGGGAAAGAAAAGGCGAGGAAGAAGUGGAGGAGCAGGGAAUCCAAAAAGUUGUGCCGCAGCAGCGGCUCCUCCUUCAUGCCGCGCCGCCCCCUUCCUGCUGCGUGACAGACAAGUGCACGAAGGAUGUGUGAGCGGCCAAAGAUCCAUGUGUUCCUGGGGGCCCCUCCUCCCCCCGCGGGCCCAGCCUCGGUGUCUGGAGCUGGGCUGGAGGGUGAGGAGUGUCCCCCGGCCGGCUGGAGACACCUGGAGCUCACCUGGCGGGACAGACGCUUGAGGCCUGCCACAGGCGAAGCUGAUUGGAUGGCAGAGACGACAUCUGGCUGCAGAUUGAACUCGGAUCAGGAAGAUCUCCGCGCCGACGCUCACAGGUCACCGAGCCGAGACGCAGGUUCGAUUCCCGGUGAGGAAGCUCCGUGUUCGGCUUCAAUCCUCGAGUAUCUGGACAGCUGUUUCCCCGCAGGACAACAAGAACCAGGACCAGGACCAGGAUCCGAACCCCCGGCCUCCCAGACUCUGUCGGCCCACACUCAGUUCCUCUCCGCCUGGACGCUAAGCCAGGCGUUGAUCUUGAGAGCCAGGCGCGGCGUCCAAUCAGCAGCCAGCGCUGAGAAAGCCCCGCCCACCGGACUCUCCCAGACGCCCCCAGCGUCGGCCUCCUCCAGCACGCCGGAGCUCUUCAGCCCCGUGACGCCGUCGCUCGGCGCCUCCGCCGAACUCUUCAGCCAACCCCCCCGCCCGACGCCGACGCCGAGGGCGCAGGAGGCGGGCGUGGUCGUCGAGGCGACCGCUGACGGCGUGCUCUGCUCCCAGGAGGCCGAGCGACCGGAGACGGCGAGCGCCGCGGACUCUCCGUCCAAAUCACCAGAGUUCAAGAAAGCUCGGCUCUCGGAGGACCUCGGGAAGCAAGCGUCUGUGGCGCAGUCUGUGCCGUCUAAAAUGUCUGUGGCGUCUGUGGCGCCGUCUAAAAUGUCUGUUGCGUCUAAAGUGUCUGUGGCGUCGUCUGUGGUGUCUAAAGUGUCUGUGGCGCCGCGUCUGUGGUGUCUAAAGUGUCUGUGGCGUCGUCUGUGGUGUCUAAAGUGUCUGUGGCGUCGUCUGUGGUGUCUAAAGUGUCUGUGGCGUCUGUGGCAUUGUCUGUGGCGUCUGUGGCGUCGUCUGUGGCACCGUCUGUGGCGUCUAAAGUGUCUGUGGCGUCCGUCUGUGGCACCGUCUGUGGCGUCGUCUGUGGCGUCGUCUGUGGUGUCUAAAGUGUCUGUGGCGUCUGUGGUGCCGUCUGUGGCACCGUCUGUGGUGCCGUCUGUGGCACCGUCUGUGGUGUCUAAAGUGUCUGUGGCGUCUGUGGUGCCGUCUAAAAUGUCUGUGGUGUCUAAAGUGUCUGUGGCGUCUGUGGCGCCGUCUGUGGCGUUGUCUGUGGUGUCUAAAGUGUCUGUGGCGUCUGUGGCGCCGGCGGGCAGCGGGCUGCGAGGUCCCACCACCCUGCUGCUCCGCUGUGACCAACGGGGCGUUCGGUACUCGGUUCUGGUUGCCGUGGUUCACCCCUGUUACCUGAAGGAGGUCAAGGUGAAGUCCGGGCCAUCGGCCGGCAGCUCGGUUCCUCUGGCGUCCGUCGUGGUAACGGACCAAUCAGCUGUUGAGAUGAAGGUGGUGCUGUGGCGGCGAGCGGCGUUCUGGGCUCUGACCGUUAGUCCCGGAGACAUUCUGCUCAUCACAGGGCUGCAGCUGAAUGAAGACCGGUGGAGAGGAGAGACGCUGCUGCAGUCGUCCUUCAGCAGCAAACUGCUCAACCUGGGACAGAUCACAGCCUGCAGCUCUCCCCCAGGUACCCCUACACCCAGCCAGCCAAUCAGCAGCUCUCCCCCAGGUACCCCUACACCCAGACAGCCAAUCAGCAGCUCUCCCUCAGCUCCUCAGCAUGUUAGCACCUUGUCUCUCAGCUCUCUGUGUGGUUUUCUCCGGGAGAGGCGCCCCCUGCUGGUGUUUCUGAAGCCCCGCCCCCCUCAGGACCUGAACCGCCUCCCGUACGCCACGCUGAGGUCACUGAGGGUCAACACGCUGGUUCACGCCCUGCUGCGUGUCACGCACACACACGUCAGUGCAGCGUGGCGGAGUGAAGCGGAGUCGCGCUGCCGGUCGGCUGUUCAGCUGCAGGCGGUCGUGACGGUGGAGCAACCGGGCGGCCAGCAGGGGGCGCUGCUGCUGUGGGCCGUGGACUGGCUGCCUCGCUUCAACAGAGACAGAGCGGUGGUCUGGGACUUCCAGGUCCUCCUGGUGAGGGAGGGUUUGACCUCUGACCUCCCAGAGCUGCACUCCACCCCCUGGAGCUCCGUCCGGCCUCUGGACCCCACCGACAGCCGGGCGCACGGCUUCCUCCGACCGGGACCGGGACCACCAGGAACCAGCCUGGAGCUGGACGUGGACACGCUGCUGUCUCAGAAAUACAGCGGUGACGUGGAGCUGAGAGUCCAGAUCAUCUCCUUCCAAUUCCUCGUCUCUCUGCCUUCCCAGAAUGCACCUCAGCCGGUCCUGGACUGCUCCACGUCGCCGGCCGGUGUCGUGGCGGUGCUGAGCGGUGACAUCACCUACACCGGCUGCGGCGGCUGCGGCGCCGAGCUCGACGCGGACGCCAACGGCAUCUACAGCCCGUGUUACCCGUGCCUGCCCCGCACCGCCGUACGCCGCUACUACAGGCCAGGUGUGCUGACGGUGAGUGGGCAGAGCAGCAGACAGGUGUUUGUUCAGGUUCCUCCCGAUUCGCUGCAGAAGAUCCUUGAAGCUCCGCCUGAUAAACUCCACAGGAACUCAGCUCCAGGUUCAGAGGUGAAGCAUGUCCAGCUGGCAGCUGAGCGGAUCCAGACCCUCCUCUCCCUUCCGAGGAAAACCAUCGCCAUCACAGUUUGCAGCCACUUCCUGUGCGAUGAAAACAGUGUCCCCAUCGACCAGGACUUCACGCUGCUGGACCUCCAGUUCCCCCGCUGACGCCCAGAACAGAUCCUCAGUGUGUUGGACCAUUGACCGUUCCCUAAAACCUUUCCCAAACACCAGUUGUCCAAUCACAGUCUAGCUUUGCAUUUCUUUUUUUUAAAUUGAGUUUAUCAGGGCAUCCUCAAGAACGGGUUUGUAUGAUAUCAUACAAAACGUUAUGCACACUAAAACGUGUAUAUCCUACGAAAACUAGGAGACCACUGUACGGUCACGUGACAUCGACUACAGAGAUCCAUGACGCUGAGCGGCAGUUGCUAGCUGUUUAAGCCGCUACAGAGCUGUGUGUGACUUUUAGGCUUUUACAGUUGCAUGGAGGCUGCGUUCUCUUUGUUUGAAAAGGGUGCUCAGGCCGCAUCUGGGACGUGGUUUCCUUUGUCUUAGAGGUCACAUGCUCUGAGAUCUUUGUUUAAAGGAUAGAGUUUAACCACACUGCUCAGUUCCCAACAUGGAUUUAAGCUUUUAAAUCCGGUAUGCUAGUCGAAAAUGGAAACAAAACAAUACUGUAGCCGGCUUGCUGGCUGUAGCUGAAUGACAAGAACACGGUGGAUGAAGUUUAACCAGAGAACUGGGUUUUAUGACCCUAGAAUGCUUCAGAGCAACGCGAGCUGCCAGUGUUUCAGCAAAGAUUAUGGUUAAGUUUAGGCAAGAAAAAGUGAGCGUUAUGCUGCGAUGAAAGUUAAGUCUUUUGUUUUCCCCUUGAAGUGAACUCUGCUCCCUGGCUUUAAAGUCCUGUGUGUUAACGCCCACACCCCACCCACCCCCCCAUCCCUCCCUCGACAUUAUUAUACAGCAGCUGUCAAUUCGGUGCUAAUAACUUAUCCCUGUGUGUUUCAUAUCAAAAUCUUCAGAUAUAUUCAGCUUUCUGUACAGUGACGCCCAAAUGUUUUCCAGAGCAAUGUGUGAAGAGAUAAUUUGGCGCUGAAGCUGAAACUUUGAUGUUUGCUUUUUUGAAAUUCCUCAAAUCUCUUUUGAAAACAAACCUUAACUUAUGAUGUGUUGUACGAAUUGUU